AUGGAAGAUUAUGAUGAUGAUGUUCAAAUUAUCAAAGAAAUUAAUAAUGAAAAAGAACAGAUUACAAUACUUAAUCAUGAAAUGAGGAUAAUGUGUGAUAAUAUUUCAACAGAUGUUAUGAUAAUUAUGAGUAAUGGUCUCGGUGUUGAAAGAAUAUUUCUUAAUGAAUUAUUAGCUCAUACUUCAAUUGAUAAACUUAUAUUAGUUUUAAAUACAUCUGAAAUUGAAUUACAUUAUUUGUUUACAGAAUUUUGUGAUAUGGAACCUGAUGUACCGCCAAGAUGUAUAGUUGGAAGUUCUAAAAGAGAAAAAAUAUAUAAUAAUGGCGGUGUAGUAUUUUUGACAGCUCAGCAAUUGAUAGGUGAUAUUUUAAAUGAAGUAGUUAAUUUUGAUAAAAUUGCUGGUAUCAUGAUCUAUGAUUGUACAAUUGUUGGAAAAAGUGAUAAUUUAGUACAUUCUAUCCAUAGAAUAAAAGCAAAAAAUCACGAUGUCUGGAUAAAAGCUUAUACUGAUAAUGUUAGAGGUAUAAAUUUUCACUCAUCUUUAACAUCAUUACAAGCAUUUUAUGAUUCCUAUAAAUUAAAAAAAGUUGAAUUUGUUUGUAGAUUUAAUGAGGAAGUAAAAAGUAGUCUUGACAAUCCACAAUUAAUGAUAACUUCUUAUGAAUGCAAACUACCAAAAGAAAUUUUAAAAAUUUUUGAUACUCUUGUUGAAAUAAUUAUUAGGGAGUAUAAUGAUUUAUUAGCAAUUGCUUCAUCAAGUUAUGGUUUUGAAAAAAGAGAGGAUGAUGGACCAUUAUUUUGUAUGUAUAAAAAAACAGGUGUUGAAUUUAUGUUAAAAUCAAAAUCUGCAUCUAUAGAAGAUGGCCAUUUAGUAUUGUUAAGAAAUUUAGAUAACAUGAGAGUAGUACUACGUGGAAUUGUAAAUUUAGAUGCAAUUAGUCUUUAUGAACUUAUUCAUCUACUUGAAAGACGUAAUGAGACAUCAAAUCAAUUGCGAUUUGAAGAUCGAGUGUGGGAAAAAAGACCAGAUUUUAGAAGUAUUAAAGAAUCUAUAUAUAAGCUCGCAACAAAAUUAGAUUCUUUUGGUAGACCUACCUGUUACACACCCGUUAAAUGGACUAUUAUUGAAGACAUAGUAUCACAAGUUAAAGAAACAAUCAAAUCAAGGCCUGGUCAUGUUUUAGUUUUGGGUAGUAGUGAUGAUGUAUGUAUUAUACUACGACAGUUGUUAAAAAGUGGUAGGCAAAUGCUUCUUAAACAUCUUGUCUCUUCAGCAAGAGAUUUAUUUGACAAAGGAAAUGUUGAUUUAAUUGAAAAUAUAGAGGAUGACUCAUUGUGGGAUAUUGACAAAAUUAAAUAUUUUUGCACUGAUUAUUUUUAUAAUGAAGAAAAAAAUGAAAUAUGGUAUAUUGAUUCUUUAAAAGCAAUUAAAAGAAAACCUUCAAAACAUCCUUCAAAUGCUCCCGUUAAAAAAAAGAUUAGAACAGAAGGGGGUAAUGAUAAAGAAAGUCAAGAGCAAUUUGAACCAUAUUUACUUGUUGCAUCUUCUAAUGAUAAAUUCACAGUUUUGAGACUUCUUAAGAAAUACCAACCACGUUUUGUAAUUUCUUAUUCUCCAGAUCUUUCAAUAACAAGAAUGUUAGAAGUACAAAAUGCAUUAAUGGCUAAAGAAAAUAAAACAAUCGAAUAUUUUUCUAUUGCUAAUAAAGAAUAUGAAUUACAAAAUUAUCAAGCUCUUAUUCACAAUGAAGGAAUGUGUUUUCAGAGACUAAUUAAACAACUUAGUUCUGUUGCUACAUCUCAUGAUGAUGAUUCUUUUGUUUUUCAUGAUGUAGAAUUAAGAGUUGCCCGUUUGAAAUGUAUUUACGCAAAUAUUGAUUUAGAUGAGGAGCAACAAACACCAAUGGUAAUUGUUGACAGUCGAGAAUUCGCCAGUGAAUUACCUUUUGAAUUGGGUAAACUUGGAAUGAAACUUGUACCACAAACAUUAGAAGUUGGAGAUUAUAUUCUUUCUCCAGAUACAUGUCUUGAGAGAAAAGCUAUUGAUGAUUUGACUAUAAGUUUAUCUCAAGGAAGAAUUUUUAAACAAUGCGAAGAAAUGUUUCGGUAUUAUAAAAAUGUUAUUCUUCUUAUUGAAAGUGGAGAAAAAUUUGAAGCUAACAGGAGAGGUGCUGAUCCUUUCAAAGGUGAUUUGUCUAAAUUUUCUAGAGAUGUCAAGUUGAAGUUUUGUGUUCUACUAAGGUCUUAUCCUAAAUUAACUGUUCUUUGGUUUAUGAGUCCAAAGAAAUCAGCUAAAUAUUUAAUGGAACUUAAGAUGGUUAAUAAACAUGAUGAUUAUAUGGUACAUGACACAGAUGGUCAAUCUGCUUGUUUUGUGAAACCUGAAAUGCAAAGGGUUUUUUCAAAAAUAUCAUUUUUAAGUUACAAAGAAGCCAAUAGUAUAAUGAAUAAUCGGGAAAUUUCUGAUUUUAAUGCAUUAGCUGCUUUAUCGGAAGAAAGUUUAGCCAAAACUUUAAGUGACAAUGUGGCUUCAGCAAAAAAACUAUACGCUUUAUUCAAUACAGACUUUAGACUUAUUGAAGGUGUCUUUGAUCCUUAA